CUCAUGAAAACAUCAGGCUCUCUUGUCACCUUGGGGAUAAUCGCAGCUUGGUAUUCCUCAAACAUUGGCGUGUUAUUACUCAACAAAUACUUGCUCAGCAACUACGGAUUCCGCUACCCUAUCUUCCUCACUCUCUGUCACAUGCUGGCUUGUUCGACGCUCAGCUACCUCGCCAUUUCUUGGCUCACCGUCACCCCAAUGCAGGCCAUCAGGUCGCGGGUGCAGUUCUUCAAGAUAUCCUCUCUGGGUCUCAUCUUCUGCCUCUCCGUCGUCGGCGGCAACAUUUCCCUCAAGUAUCUCCCCGUCUCCUUUAAUCAGGCCGUGGGUGCCACGACGCCGUUUUUCACUGCGGUUUUCGCUUACCUGAUGACCCGUACAAGAGAAGCCUUCCUUACCUACGCUGCCCUCCUUCCUGUGGUUGCUGGUGUUAUUAUUGCCAGUGGGGGAGAACCGAGCUUUCAUCUCUUUGGGUUUAUAGUAUGUGCUGCUGCAACCGCAGCUCGUGCAUUCAAGUCUGUGCUUCAAGGGAUUUUACUCUCCACCGAAGGAGAAAAGCUCAAUCCCAUGAACCUCCUCAUGUACAUGGCUCCGGUAGCUGUUACUGUUCUCAUUCCGGCUACUGUCUUGAUGGAAGGAGACGUUGUUGGGAUCGCGGUUUCUCUUUCGAGAGAUGAUGUGAAGUUCUUAUGGUAUUUGCUUUUCAAUUCACUGCUAGCCUUUCUUGUGAACUUGACAAAUUUCUUGGUCACAAAGUACACAAGUGCUUUGACUCUUCAGGUGUUAGGAAAUGCGAAAGGAGCUGUUGCUGUGGUUAUAUCCAUUCUGAUAUUUAGAAAUCCUGUAUCAGUUACUGGAAUGAUGGGGUACACCAUCACAGUUAUUGGUGUUGUUCUCUAUAAUGCAGCAAAGAAGAGGAGUAAUCAAAGCAAAUGAGGCUUCCUCCAACCUUCGUCUCAAGCAAGGCAAUGGAAAAUUCUCUCAUACCAAAAAUGCAUGUUCAUUUAGUAUCACACUUUUAUUAAUAACUUGAUAAAAUUUUUAUUUAUACCAAAUUAUUAAUAAAAAUGUGAUACUGCAUGCAUCUAUCUAUAGCUGCUGCAUAAAAAGAAUUUCUCUCCAGCAAAUAUACGUGAUUUGACUUCUAUAUAAUGUGUAUAUUUUCACUUGUUUAUCUAGAGCAGCACCCUGGCUGGCAUAAUUUUGCAGGUGUAUUCAUAAGGUAGUCAUUCAUUUAUUCUUUUGUAAUACCAUAAUAUAAACCUCACGAUUCUUUAGUGAAUCUUAGUUUUCAUCGAAC